CCAAACCAUCGCGCCCGCAUCCAACUGAACAAUGGCCCCAACACAGCAUUCGUCCUCCCCUGUCUACUACGUCCCUCUCGAUCCUCAACGUCCAAACGUCGUCGUUCUUCCGUACUACCACCGGACUCAUCCUUACAGUCGCUAUCUCCGCUGCUGCGUCACCUUCAUUCUCGCCGUGGUCCUCCUCUCGCUUCUUGUAUUCUUCUUGUACCCCUCCGAUCCCUCUAUCAAAGUCGUCCGAGUCCAACUCAACCACGUCCGAGUCCACUCGUCCCCCAAAAUCACGCUCGACCUCUCUUUUUCUCUCACCGUCAAGGUUCGCAAUAAGGACUUUUUCUCCCUCAACUACGAUUCCCUCUUAGUUUCGGUCGGGUACAGAGGGAGAGAGCUAGGGUUUGUGCGCUCUCACGGUGGGAAAUUGAGGGCUAGAGGAUCGUCGUAUAUAAACGCGAAACUUGAUCUUGAUGGGCUUGAGAUUGUGCACGACGUGUUUUACUUGAUUGAGGAUUUGGCUAGGGGUGUUAUCCCCUUCGAAACUGAUACAGAGGUUAAAGGAGAGCUUGGACUUUUGUUAUUCAAUAUUCCGAUACAGGGAAGAAUAUCAUGUGAAGUUUAUGUAAAUACAAGCAACCAGACAAUUGUCCGUCAAGAUUGCUACCCUGAGUGAGAUGGAGGAAGAUGCCUAUGUAGUGUAGUCACCUAAAAAGCAGGACAUGGAAUUUGGUGGCGGAGGUAAAUAGCACGAUGUCUCUAGCAGCCUUUUAUAUAUACUCAAUCAAUAGAAUAGCAUGUAGCAUCUUCUUUAGGAUUGUAUCUAUUAUUUAGAAUCUCAACUAAUGUUCAGUUUAAAGGAGCCAUUCUUACAUAAAGAAAGCUCUUUUCCUUUAGGAGCGUGAUCUAGAAAUUUAUGGCUUGAUUAGGUUCAGAAGUUAGUGCCCAUUUGGAAUUGAAAUAUACUUGUGUCCAUAUUCUCUGAAAUCUAUUGAAAACUUAUCUGUUUAAGGGAGAAGCCAUUCACUUAUGAAGAGCACUCUUUCUUCUACAAAUUUAUGACUUAUAUUCGUUAUAUCUGUUUGAAUUA